AUGGUUAUGCAUCCAAGAUCUAUUGGUACAAAGACACUUUUUGAUGCUGAUGCUUUUUGGGCAGGUAAGCUAUGUAUUGAGGUCACUUCUCAAUCAAAGGUAGCGUAUAUCUCUGAGGAGCUUUGCAUAGGGUGUGGUAUAUGUGUUAAGAAAUGCCCUUUUAAUGCAAUUGAGAUCAUCAAUUUACCAAAAGAUUUGGAUAAAGAUACAACUCAUCGUUAUGGGGCCAACACCUUCAAAUUGCACAGGUUGCCUGUCCCGAGGCCUAGGCAAGUUCUCGGUUUGGUUGGAACAAAUGGAAUCGGAAAGUCUACAGCUCUCAAAGUUUUGGCUGGAAAGUUGAAACCCAAUUUGGGCCGUUUUAAUGCAAUCACAAAGCCACAGUAUGUUGAUCACAUUCCAAAAGCAGUUCAAGGGAAUGUUGGACAGGUACUUGACCAGAAAGAUAAGAGAGAUGUUAAGGCAGAGCUUUGUGUAGACCUUGAGCUGAAUCAGGUUAUUGAUCGUAAUGUUGGCGAUUUGUCUGGAGGGGAGCUUCAAAGGUUUGCAAUUGCCAUUGUUGCCAUACAGAAUGCUGAGAUUUAUAUGUUUGAUAAGCCCUCAAGUUAUCUUGAUGUCAAACAAAGGCUUAAAGCUGCUCAAGUUAUCAGAUCUUUUCUUAGACCUAACAGCUACGUGAUUGUUGUGGAGCACGAUUUGAGUGUGCUUGAUUACCUAUCAGACUUCAUUUGCUGUCUCUAUGGGAAGCCUGGUGCAUGUGGUGUUGUGACACUACCCUUCUCUGUCAGAGAAGGAAUUAAUAUCUUUUUGGAAGGGUAUGUGCCCACAGAAAACCUUCGUUUUCGUAACGAAUUUCUUACAUUUAAGGUAGCUGAAACACCACAGGAGAGUGCUGAAGAAAUUGAAACAUAUGCACACUAUAAGUACCCAACUAUGUCUAAAACACAAGAUGGUUUCAAACUUAAAGUGGUUGAGGGUGAGUUCACGGACUCUCAGAUCAUAGUAAUGCUUGGUGAAAAUGGAACAGGAAAGACCACGUUUAUUCGUAUGCUGCCUGAUACCGUAGAAGGCUCUGAGACGGAGAUACCUGAGUUUAAUAUCUCGUACAAACCUCAAAAGAUCAGUCCCAAGUUCCCUAAUUCAGUCAGGCAUUUGUUACAUCAAAAGAUUCAUGACUCGUAUAUGCACCCUCAGAUUGUUUCUGAUGUCAUGAAGCCUCUUCAAAUCGAGCAGUUAACGGAUCAAGAAGUCGUCAAUCUUUCUGGUGGUGAAUUGCAAAGAGUUGCUUUGUGCUUGUGUCUUGGCAAGCCUGCGGAUAUUUACCUGAUAGAUGAACCAAGUGCAUAUCUUGAUUCUGAGCAGCGUAUUGUUGCUUCCAAAGUUAUAAAGAGAUUUAUACUACACGCUAAAAAGACUGCAUUUGUGGUUGAACAUGAUUUUAUAAUGGCAACUUACCUAGCAGAUCGGGUGAUUGUUUAUGAAGGGACACCGUCUGUUGAUUGUGUUGCAAAUGCACCUCAGUCUUUGUUAACCGGUAUGAAUCUCUUUUUAUCGGUAAGUCUCACCAUUGGUCCAACUAAACGCUUUAUCUCAUUUGACUCGUAUUUACCAUUUGAUAUGUUAGAGAUAAACAUAGAUUAUAUUGACCAUCAUAAGGAAGUUUGUUGA